UGCUGUUCUUUUUUACAGGACAUGAGCCUCAAUUGCUCCUCCUGGCAGGACAACAGCUUGUUUGUAAAACGUUUUGCAUUUGCCAAAUUCUCUGAGGUCACUGAACAGUGUUUCCUUCUAUUUACCCUCAUCCUACUCAUGUUCCUCGCAUCACUGAUGGGCAAUGCCCUCAUAGCCCUUGCCAUCUGGACUAACCCAGUCCUUCAUACCCCCAUGUACUUCUUCCUGGCCAACCUGUCUCUCCUAGAGAUUGGCUACACUUGCUCUGUCAUACCCAAGAUGCUGCAGAGUCUUGUGAGUGAGGCCCGAGGAAUCUCUCGGGAGGGUUGUGCCACACAGAUGUUUUUCUUUACAUUAUUUGCUAUCAGUGAGUGCUGCCUUUUGGCAGCCAUGGCUUUUGACCGCUAUAUGGCCAUAUGUUCCCCACUCCACUAUGCAACACGAAUGAGUCGUGGGGUGUGUGCCCAUUUGGCAGUGGUUUCUUGGACAGUGGGAUGCAUGGUAGGCUUGGGCCAAACCAAUUAUAUUUUCDCCUUAGACUUCUGUGGCCCCUGUGAGAUAGACCACUUCUUCUGUGAUCUCCCACCUAUCCUGGCACUUGCUUGUGGGGAUACAUCCCAUAAUGAGGCUGYGGUCUUUGUGGUGGCAAUCCUUUGCAUUUCCAGCCCAUUUUUAUUGAUCAUUGCUUCCUAUGGCAGAAUUCUAGCUGCAGUCCUGGUCAUGCCCUCCCCUGAGGGCCGGAAAGCUCUCUCCACCUGUUCUUCCCACUUACUUGUAGUAACGCUCUUCUAUGGCUCAGGUUCUGUUACCUACUUGAGGCCCAAGGCUAGCCACUCACCAGGUAGGGAUAAACUGCUAGCCCUCUUCUAUACCGUGGUGACAUCCAUGCUCAACCCCAUCAUCUAUAGUUUACGAAACAAGGAAAUCAAGGCAGCUCUCCAGAGAACGCUGGGUAAAAGAAAGAUUUUGAACCAUGGAUAG